AGCGGGAGCAGCGGGUGCCGCGCCGGGGCUGCGGGCCGUCAAGGGCCCCGCCGCCGUCUUGAGAGUCGGAGGAGGCGGUAGUGAAAAAGAAUAUCAAGAUGAGUAAAAAGCCUCCAAAUCGUCCUGGAAUCACAUUUGAGAUUGGUGCUCGUUUGGAGGCACUGGACUAUUUACAAAAAUGGUAUCCAUCUCGUAUUGAGAAGAUAGACUAUGAGGAGGGGAAGAUGCUGGUCCAUUUUGAACGUUGGAGUCAUCGCUAUGAUGAGUGGAUUUACUGGGACAGCAACAGGUUGCGACCCUUGGAGCGACCAGCAUUAAGGAAAGAAGGGCUGAAAGACGAUGAAGAAUUUGUUGAUUUUAAGCCUGGUGAAGAAGUCCUAGCUCGUUGGACAGAUUGUCGAUAUUACCCCGCAAAGAUUGAAGCAAUUAAUAAGGAGGGAACAUUCACAGUACAGUUCUAUGAUGGUGUCAUUCGAUGUCUUAAGAGAAUGCAUAUCAAAUCUAUGCCUGAGGAUGCAAAAGGGCAGGCGCGCGAGAGGGAGCAGAUAGCGCCGGAGCUGAGAUUAGUGACGGAAGUCGAACCAAAAGAAGAUUGGAUAGCUUUGGUCAAAGCUGCUGCUGCUGCAGCAGCCAAGAACAAAGCAGGAACUAAACCUAGAACCAGCGCAAACAGCAAUAAAGAUAAGGAGGAGAGAAAAUGGCUGAAAGUUCCUUCAAAGAAGGAAGAAACAUCAACCUCUACAAUCAUGCAGGAGGUCCAAAAAAAGGAAGAGGAGCCUACAUCUAGUGACACAUUUGGAUUUCCUAUAGUGGAUGUUCCAAAGAUGGCCUUUGUGCAGGCAGAGAGCACGUUAUCACACAAGAGGAAAAGUAAUCUAGGCAACUCAUUUCAGGCAAAGAGAGCUCGCCUUAACAAGAUCACUGGUUUAUUGGCAUCCAAAGCUGUUGUUGCAGAUGGUGCUGAAAAAAAGGAAGGCAACAAAGAAACAGCUCCAGUCCUGGAGCAGGAGAUUUCACCUAAACCACAAAUUCAGAAAAAAAAUGAAGCUGAUAUUAGCAGUUCUGCCAACAUUCAGAAACCUGCACUGUUAUCCUCAACUUUGUCUUCAGGAAAGGCUCGCAGCAAGAAAUGCAAACAAGAAUCUGGAGAUUCUUCUGGGUGUAUAAAGCCCCCUAAAUCACCACUUUGCCCAGAAUUAAUACAAGUCGAGGAUUUGACGCUGGUCUCUCAGCUUCCUUCUUCUGUGAUAAAUAAAACUAGUCCAUCACAGCCACUGAAUUCCCCUAGAUCCUACAAACAUAGCCAACGGAGAAGAAGAUCACAGCGUUUAGCCACUUGCUCGUUGCCUGAUGAUUCUGUAGAAAAAGUUUCUUCUCCCUCUCCAGUUACUGAUGGAAAAGUGUUCUCCAUCAGUGCUCAAAAUCAACAGUCAUCAAAAUUGGAGGUACCUGAUGUUGCUCAUAUGUCACUUGAGAAGCGUGGACCCUGUCUCCCUCUUGAUUUAAGCCGUAGUUCGGAAGUCACAGCACCACUGUCCACAGAAUCCACUUUCCGUAAUGAGUAUCCCAGUAAAGACAAGGAAGAUAUUCAGAUGAUUACAUAUCUUUCUUCCAAAGCAGUAACUGAUGGAAGAAUAGCUACAACAGCGUCAGGAGCAGUGAGAGUGGAAAGAAAAGGAAAACUGGAAGAGAAGAGUUCCACAACAUAUGGUAAAAAGAAAGAAAAGGAAAAGGAGAAAAAAGAGAGAAAAGAAAAAGAUCAUAAAUCAAAACAGAAAAAGAAGAAGAAAAAGAAGAAGAAAUCUAAACAGCAUGAUUAUUCAGAUUAUGAAGAUAGUUCCGUUGAAUUCUUGGACAGGUGCUCUUCUCCAUUGACGCGGUCCUCGGGAAGCUCUCUGACUUUGCGCAGCAUGUUCUCAGAGAAGAAUACAUCAUACCAGUAUCCAAGAGCUAUCUUGUCUGUUGACCUUAGUGGAGAAAACCUUUCAGAUAUGGAGUUCCUGGAUGAUUCCUCUACAGAGAGUUUGUUGCUCAGUGGUGAUGAAUACAAUCAGGAUUUUGAUUCAACUAACUUUGAAGAGUCUCAGGAUGAAGAUGAUGCUCUCAAUGAAAUUGUUAGAUGCAUUUGUGAACUGGAUGAAGAAAAUGGCUUUAUGAUUCAGUGCGAAGAAUGCUUGUGUUGGCAGCACAGUGUAUGCAUGGGAUUGUUGGAGGACAGCAUUCCAGAGCAGUACAUCUGUUAUAUCUGCAGAGAUCCACCAGGUCAGAGGUGGAGUGCCAAAUAUCUUUACGAUAAAGACUGGCUAAACAAUGGACACAUGUGUGGCUUAUCAUUUUUGAAAGAAAACUACUCUCAUCUUAAUGCCAAAAAGAUUGUGUCAACACAUCACCUACUGGCAGAUGUAUAUGGUGUAACAGAAAUAUUGCAUGGACUGCAGUUGAAGAUUGGGAUAUUAAAAAAUAAACAUCACCCAGACCUUCAUCUCUGGGCUUAUUCAGGAAAGCGAAAAGAACAAGAACAAAUAACUCUUGGGGUAGAGAAAAAGAUGACUUUUCCACAUACUGUUAAUCCAACUGAAAGGACAUAUCACAGUCAAAACCAUAAAGAACCACCUAGUUUACCCCAGAAAAUGGAAGACACAUAUAUCACGAGUGAGCACAGUUACCAAAAGCCACAGAGUUUUGGUCAAGAUUGCAAAGCAGUCGCUGAACCUAUGAGCUCAGAUGAUGAAGAUACAAGUAGUUUUGAGGAAGACCAGGAAUUUUGUUCAGAGAACAAAAACUGUUUACAGUAUUCUUUUAAAGAUGACGGCAUGAAUGAGCAGAAGAAUUCUGCUGAAGGAAACACUGUGUUUGUUUGUAAUGAAAGAAAAGGCUCAGAGGAACAAGUGGAUACACAUCUUCAAUGGCAGCUAAAUCUCCUUACCCAUAUAGAGAAUGUACAGAAUGAAGUCACCAGCAGGAUGGACCUGAUUGAAAAGGAAGUUGAUGUUUUAGAAAGCUGGCUUGAUUUCACUGGAGAACUGGAGCCACCAGAUCCUUUAGCAAGAUUGCCUCAGCUGAAGCGACGUAUUAAACAGCUUUUACUUGACAUGGGGAAAGUACAGCAAAUAGCAACACUUUGCUCUGUAUGACAAAAGGAAGAAUAAAGAAAUAAAAAUAGGUUCUCUACGGUGAAUUUUAUUACUAGCCACAAGACUGAUAGGAAGACAGCAAAAAGCUGAGCAUUUAUAUUGUUCUUUGAUUAUUACAUUAAUAGCCUAAACUUUUAGGGAGUGGAGAGGAAACCUAGAGUAAGCAAUCUGUUAUACUGAAAAUCUACAUUUUCACAUCCAAACCUCAAAAUAUGAUGUAUUACAUACUGAGAAAUGUUAGUAUCUCAGUAUGAUAAACGAGGAAACUUCUGCAUACAGGAAAGCUGAACAAAAUCUGCAAAGAAUGGUUCUGCUAUUUUGAAACAUGUAGUGGAAAAUUCUAAAUCCGUGGAAUUCAGCUGACUAAAACUUUUUGAACUGCAUUUUUACAAAAUUCUUAUCAGUAAAAGACACAAAGAGAUCUGCAUCCUCUCUACAAGAAAAGUUUUUAGAUUAUUUUCUUUUCUCGUGAAUAUUCAGGAAAGUGAGCAUAUUAGCUUUGAUUUUGAAAAAAGCUACUUGUCACGGUCUCCUUUUCAAAGUAUUUUUUUAAAUAGAAAAUUUUAUUACAGCACCCUUGGGCUCCUUUAAAACGUAAGUGGCAAACAAUGGUCACAUGUGCCAAAUAAUGUUACAACCACUGGAUUGAGAUUUUCAUUAUGGCUUACAUGAAGGUUUUUUCCGUAUUCCUACUUGGUGCCAGCAAUCCAUCCAGAAUUAUAUCUAGUUUAUAUUUUUUAUGUUCUGUGGGGAGUAUUCAGGAUUCAAAGUACAAUUUUUGUCCUGGGUAGUUCUGUUCUGGUGUUACUUCACCAUCCUCAGCUGGGAUGAGGAAAUGACAAGAGCAGUGAAACUCUCUGUGGCUGUCAGUGUACUCAACCACUAGAAUAAAUAUUGCAAUAUACAUUAUACAAGAUUUAUUUUUUUGGAAAAAAAAAAAAAAGACAAAAAAAAAAAAACAAAACAAACAAAACAAAACAAACAAAAAAAAAAAAACAAGAAAACUUCCAGCUUCAGUAAAUGCAACAUCAUGAAACCAAAGGCAACCUAGCUGCUCUGUUAGCUUCUGCUGGUUUUUGAGCCCAGGACUUUCCCUGUGCUUAUAAGUUGCCGCUGUACCCAGUGCUACGUACAUACUUGUAUGUGUAUGUGUAUACAUACACAAAUACAUUUAUACAUAGUAUAUACAUUUAUAUCUACACAUCUAUUUUUUUUCAAUAGAUUAUAAGAACUGGUGGUUAACAUAAAACGUUACCUUUUAACAAACAGUUUCUAAAAUUGAAAAUAAUGUAUGUACAGGUUUUGAAAUUUGUAAAAUAUGACUGUUAGAAGGAGGCUAUUUAACUGAUGACAAAGAUACUUGAACAUUUUAUGCCUCACAUCUGUUUAUCAGUUCUAGUUAUCUGUAUAAAUGCAUUUUAGAACCGAUAGACAGUAAACUUGAAUUUACCUUUUGAUAAGAGUACAAGCCACUGUACAUUCAAAAAUUAUUUAAAUUUGCAAACACACUGUUCUAUAUGUAAGGUACUGUAUGUAAAACUGUUUAUUAAAACUAUUCUGCGUACUCUACAUUUUCAAUUUUUUUUCCUGAUCUACAUACAACUGUUGUUAUAAUGUACAGACAUCAGAAAUUCUUGGAAUGCCUUCUGAGGAUUCAUAAAAUUGAAAAAUGUGCCAAAGAUGGUUUAACUGGGAAAGACACUGCAACCUGUGCACUGAACUUUUAUGAUAAAAGCAUUAUUGAGUAGUGUGGCUGCUUAAAAAAAAAAAGAACCCAAAAACCUUCCCUGAUAUUUCUUGUCUGUCUCUCUUGUUUGAAUUUACCGCUUCUGAUGUGCAAAACAAAGUGUAAGCCCAUGUUACUGAGUGGUUGCUAUUCAAAACUUGCCACAUCAAGCUUGUAAGAGGUAUUGAAGAGCUAUGAUAACAUGGAAGGUGACUGUAGAAUCACAAUUAGCAACUUUGCAAUACAUCAGGAGGAGUUGUUGACAUUUUAAUAGCUGUUAAUAAAGAAAGUAUUCUGAUGUGUAACAUA